GGGGGAUGAUAGAAGAUGAGCGCGACCGGUGAAGGAGGAGCGAGGGAAGAGUGAAGGCAGCCACCGAGAAAGCUAUCCGGAACAACGAAGAUGAGAUGGGAUGCCGCGCUCUACCUACUUUCGCUGCUGCUCUUCUCGCUGGCCAAUCUUUGUUGGGCUCUCGUCGAAACCCGGGGAUGCAACCGUACUGUCAGGAAUUCCGUUGGAUGGAUACGAUGGACAGGUCGAAUGGGGCGUUGCAUUGUUCGUAUCAAAGCGCCUCUUAGAGAUCCUCAGGUGAUCGAGUUAAAAGUUAGGACGCUGCAAGUUGGUUUCCUGAAAGAAGCCAGAUGCGAGGGUGCCUACGUUCAAUUCUCUAAUGGCAUUGAGGAUCUUGAGGAUGAAACAGGACGUUAUUGCGGCCAUGUGAAUGGCAACACAACCAGGCUGUUCCUGAGAAAGGGGCCUAAUUUAACGAUCAUAAUGGACUCGGACGUAAAGUUCGCCGCCGAAAAUCCGGUGAUCUUCUCCGCCCAGUUUUCCAUUCUACCCGCCCAGCUGGCCGCCGAACGUUACCGUGGUUUCUCCCCGUCCUCCCCGUCCGAGUGUCCGUUGGAGUGCACGGUGAGGAACGAUCGAAGGUCCUGUAAGCUCACCUCGCCGGGCUACCCCGGCGUGUAUCCGCGUGGAAUCAGAUGCAGGAUCGCCCUGGAGUCGAGCACGGGUCGCUUUAAAAUCGGCGGCCAGCCGGACGACCUUUUCGAUCUGAUGAAUCGCACGUCGCAAAACAACUGCCAGACGGAGAACUGCGAGAAACAUGUGGAGAUCGUGGCUGAAGCGGCAAGGACGACGAGGGUCGCGAGAUCGUUGGGACGGUAUCUGCCGGAAGAUAUCCCGGCGAAUAGACGAGCUAGGAGUCCUGAUCACGAGGAAGAGCUGGAAUUUAUCAUUGGUCAGACGUCGCACAAGGCUAGAAGGGGCAGAAAUAAUCGGAGAAGACUUAAGAAAGCGAAGGAGGAUGGGAACGGAUCAAAGGGUCGGAACUCCCGUGGAAAAACGACGGACGAGGAUAUUCGGAGGAGUAACGGUCGUCGAAAAGAAAUCACCGAACAGUCUUCCGCAGACGCGUUCCACGGGCUGAGAAGCGGCUCGAGGCAAUCGAACAGUUAUCGCGAUCAGGGAAUCCGGCCAGAAUCCAUCCAGAAGCGACUUCGUCACCCGCAGCGCGUGCAUAAGAAGUCCAUGGGCUCGAUAAGCCCGAAGAGGAAUUCUGAUCAUGAUCUGCGAGAUAUAUCGGACGCGAGGAUCAUGCCUGACGGGACGGGACACGAGAUUGCGAGGAAAGGCUUGAGCCAGGAGAAGAUCACUGCAUUACAGGUCCCCGACUAUCGAUACGCGAGAAAGGGUCGACUGCUGGAUAAGUUAGGAAGCACCAGUUGCGUGGGAGAUUAUCUGACGUUAUUGGAGAACGUGAACGGGAAGAUCAUCGAAAUCUCGAAGUUCUGCGGCGAGGGUCACGUGCCGCGGAUUCUCUCACGGGGGAAGAACAUUAUCGUGGAGUUCUUCGCUGAACAAGACGGCACGGUAAUGCACGACGGUUUCCAGUUGUCGUUUCAGGAAACAGAGGAGGUACAGCUCGGUGUGAAACACGACAGAAAUUGCGAAUUUGUCUACAAAAGCACGGAACGGACAAGGGAGAAUAUCAAGUCGUUGCAGAGCUGGUAUCCGCCGAAUACGUUGUGCAGCUACAAGUUCAUGGGCAGAUACUCUGAAAAGAUCUCCGUUCAUAUGAAGAUAAUCAGAAACGAACCGGACCAGGAAUACGCGCCCCAGAAACGGAACUUCAGCCUGAAUUACUGCUCCGGGAAUGAGAUUGCAGUUUACAAUGGGAUAGAGGCGAACAACAGCGUCCUGAUGUGGUCCUACUGCGACGUGUCCCACCAGGACAUUAAUAACAUACAAGUUCCUCUCACCUCCAGCGGGAAUGAAUUGUUAAUACAAUAUUACAGCGCGAAGGGCUCGUACGAUGGUCAAGAGUUCACUUACACGAUAUCGUACAGGUUCAUGAAGAAAUCGCUCAACUCCACCACUAGACGUCAGGUGCAGGACGAUUUCAAGUUGAUCUCGCUGAGACCGGUGAACUUUUCAGCGUUGAAUUUGAACGAGAGCGAGAAUUGCAACUGCGAUUUCGGCGACAGAAUCGGCAGUUUCAAGAACUGGUUCAUGGUCCUCGUUGUCCUAGGUAUCGUCUCCUUUCUCGGCGCCAUUCUCACGAUAAUAGCGCUCCUGGCUAAAUGCAUAAAAAUGCGAUCGAUGGAGAAGAAACUGUUGCAAACGCCGAAAUUGUGA